AUGAGUUGCUUUUAUGAGCGAAAGUUUAGAUCUCCCUUGCACUGGGAUCAGGUUGGAGAGAAGUAUAUUUUAGGCCUCGAGGCUGUUAGGGAGGCCAGUGAGGUGAUUGAGAAAAUUUUCCAAAGGAUACUUACUGCUCAAAGUAGGCAAAAGAGCUACGCAUACCUUAAGAGAAGGAACAUCGAGUUUUCAGUUGACGAGUUUGUGUUUUUAAGAGUCUCGCCAAUGAAGAAGGUUAUGCGUUUUGGGAUGAAAGGGAAAUUGAGAAAAAUAUUUAUAGGUCCAAUUGAGAUUUUGGAUAGAGUUAGGGAAGUUUCAUACUAUUUAGCACUGCCCCCAUCACUUAUUGAAAUGCAUAACAUCUUUCAUGUCUUGAUGUUGCAUAAGUACUUGUCGGAUCCCUCUCAUGUUCUGAGUUAUGAACCAUUACAGCUGGAGCAGGACAAGAAUUACGAUGAACAACCUGAGAAUAUCAUUGAAGAGGGAGUCAAGGAACUGAGAUCCAAAAAGAUUUCGUUAGUUAAAGUAUUGUCGAAGAAUAAUUCUUUAGUUGGAUUGCUUUUAAUUGUUUGA